AUGGCGGAGCUCAAUUUAGAGCUUCUGUUUCUUGUCUCGUCGCCGUUCUCUGAACACUCAGCCUCUUCUUCCAUGGCUGCUUCGUCAAUGUACUUCACAGUUCUCCUUCAAUCUUAUUUUCUUGCUUUUUCUCUGUUUGCGCUCUUCUUAUCCUGUGACAUGCUCGGUUGCGAUGCGUCGGUAAUUUCGGCAUCAACGGCGAACAAUAAGGUGGAACGGGAUAAUUCGAACAAUCCCUCCCUCGCCGGCGAUGAUUUUGACACUGUCAUCAAAGCUAGUGUUGCUGUCGAUGCCAUCACCCAAUGUCGAGACAACAUCUCCUGCGCUAAUAUCCUCGUCAUUGCCACCCCGCACCCAUGA